UUGAAAAUUGAAAAGCACAUUGAAAAAUAAAAAUAUUGUUGACUAUACAAGGCAAUUUCUUCAAAUCGAGUAAUGAUGUGUAUGUGGUUAACCGUCUCUACGCAGGAAGUGGUUUUAUUUUAAAGUUUUUUUGUGCUCGCCCCAACCCCCCCGCCUUUUUUUUUUUCCUCCAGUACUGAAAUUAAGCAGCAUCCAACAUAGGCCUACUCUUAUGACAUGUGACUUUACUGUUUUCCGUUUUUGUUGAAAGAGUCAUUAACAGUUGGAAGUUGAUGGCAGUUUCAAUAACAAGUGAUCACCGAGAAAAGGAUAACGCUAUAAUAUGCAGAAACCUACAAAUUCUGAUUCCUCUGUGGAUACCCUGAAUUCCACCCGUCAAGGCACCGGAGCUGUGCAAAUGAGGAUCAAAAAUGCCAACAGCCACCAUGACAGGCUGAGCCAAAGUAAAUCCAUGAUCCUCACCGAUGUUGGGAAGGUCAUUGAACCCAUAUCCCGACACAGGAGGAAUCAUUCACAACAUGUCUUGAAAGAUGUCAUUCCUCCAUUGGAACAAUUGAUGGUUGAAAAAGAAGGUUAUCUUCAAAAAGCUAAAAUUGCAGAUGGAGGAAAGAAACUAAGGAAAAACUGGUCUACUUCCUGGAUCGUUCUUUCUAGUCGAAAAAUUGAAUUUUACAAAGAAUCUAAGCAGCAGGCUCUGGCUAACAUGAAAACUGGGCACAAACCAGAAAGUGUGGAUUUGUGUGGAGCACAUAUUGAAUGGGCCAAGGAAAAAUCAAGCAGAAAGAAUGUCUUUCAGAUCACAACAGUAUCAGGAAAUGAGUUCCUUCUACAGUCAGAUAUUGACUUCAUCAUAUUGGAUUGGUUCCACGCUAUCAAAAAUGCAAUUGACAGAUUGCCAAAGGAUCCAAGUGGUUCAUCAAGAAACCUGGAAUUAUUCAAAAUCCAGAGAUCCUCCAGUACUGAAUUACUAAGUCACUACGAUAAUGAUAUAAAAGAACAGAAACCAGAGCACAGAAAAUCUUUAAUGUUCAGACUGCAUCAUAGUGCUUCCGAUACAAGCGACAAAAACCGAGUUAAAAGCAGAUUAAAGAAGUUUAUCACCCGAAGACCUUCUCUGAAAACUCUGCAAGAAAAGGGACUUAUUAAAGAUCAAAUUUUUGGCUCUCAUCUGCACACAGUGUGUGAACGUGAAAAUUCCACAGUUCCACGGUUUGUAAAGCAAUGCAUUGAAGCUGUCGAAAAAAGAGGUCUAGAUGUUGAUGGAAUAUACCGAGUUAGUGGCAAUCUGGCAACAAUACAGAAGUUAAGAUUUAUUGUCAACCAAGAAGAGAAGCUGAAUUUGGACGACAGCCAGUGGGAGGACAUCCACGUUGUCACCGGAGCACUGAAGAUGUUUUUCCGGGAGCUGCCUGAGCCGCUCUUCCCUUACAGCUUCUUUGAGCGGUUUGUGGAAGCGAUCAAAAAGCAAGACUACAACACAAGAAUUGAAACUAUAAAGUCUCUUGUGCAAAAACUCCCUCCACCAAAUCGUGACACCAUGAAAAUUCUCUUUGGACAUCUAACUAAGAGGGACGGCAUCCGGUUCCUGAACAUGUUUCAUGAGUGAGACACCUACUCUGAACAGUGAUGGGAUUUUACCCUCACUGGUUAGUGCUGUAGCAGCAACACCCCGGCCAGCAGCAGCCUGUGAUGACCUCCCAAGAACCAAAACUGUCUUUCAAGAUGAAUUAAGAGAAGACAAGAUAGCAGAAUGCAGACCUUCAAAGCUUGACCAAUGGACGGUGAAGGGAGUGAUAAUCUUCCUUCAAAGCUUUGUAAAAUAGAAUCAGAGUUGCUGCAGAACAUCAAAGAAUGGGCCAUUUUUAAGCUUAUAUUAUGCAAACUUAAUUUAUUGCUGCGUGCUACAGAGGCUUUCAUG